AUGCAAAAUGCCCUCAGUAGCAGAGGGAUCGACCCCAUUCUCCGUGGAUUCAUGAGCACGCCAGUCAAGCGACCACAUCGUAUGACGCCAGCCAUCACUGAAAAAAUGUUUGGAAGUACCGAUCUUGGAUCACUGAACAUUCAACGAGGUAGAGAUCACGCAAUUCCUUCGUACAAUACUAUGCGAACAUUCUGCGGUCUUCCAAGAGCCGCUAGUUUCGAAGACUUCUCUGACAUGAUCUUGGACAAAAACCUACGAACUGGGCUGGGAAAGCACUAUAACACCACCGAUGAUGUGGACUUCUAUGUGGGUUCUAUGCUGGAAGAUCCCGUUGUCGGUGGACUCGUCGGUACUACUCUCAGCUGUGUCAUUGGGGAGCAGUUCAAACGACUUCGCGACGGUGAUAGGUUCUACUAUGAAAACCCAGGAGUGUUUACACCAGCUCAGUUGACGGAAAUUCGCAAAUCCUCACUUUCACGGGUAAUAUGUGAUAACGGAGACCACUUUGAUCUAAUUUCUCAGGAUUAUUGUCAAUAUUGCAUAUCACAUCUAUACUGCUUCUCCAUACAGGAUGCUUUCCUUUUACCCGGCCCUCAAUUAACGCCGUGCAGUCAACUUCCGCAAGUGGAUCUGAGCAAAUGGAAGUUACAGUAG